GACAGUCCUGAUCUAGCUAUCAUUGUCCGUCAUGUUAUGGAUAUUUUUGGAUCAUUUGGACCUCCUGAGGCGUAUAGGACAUUCUCUACCGAUUAUACAGCAGUAAUCGCAGAUGUUAUGCUGGAUAUUGAACGAUUAUUCAAAAUUCCCAUCAAAAACAUGGGUGUAGGAGGUAACUUAACUCGGGAUCUUGUGCGCGCCUUAUAUCGACGAGCCGAAACCGAGUUGCUCGCCACGAACCGCUGGGUGGAAGCAUUACCAUUUGCUGUGAUUGAGCAGAAUCAACGUCCUUCUAAGUUCUUCGACCCAUUGCGGACACCAUUUGAGAUCAUGUUCGGCCGCCACGCUUGGAGAGAUGAAGUGUGUCCGCCAUGGGUCAAUCCUUCACCGUUGGAAGAUGGGGAUUUGGAACAGCCACGUAUGAGACCUGGAAAGAAAACUAAAAGGAGAUUUAUGGAGGAUGGGGAAGAGGAGUUUGAGACUUCUCAUCUAGACACCGUGAAAGAACUGAAGAUGUAUGCGAAUUCAUUGGUGGAAAGCAGAAAGAGAGUGAGCCGUCAUUUUUUUCUUUGA